ACCGGCGUCGGUCGCCUCAAACAACACAACCCAAUUUACGCAGCCACACUGACUCCCCCAGUCGCGAAAACAGCUGACAAUAACACACCCAAAAUCCAUCUUAAUUUAUCUCAUACAAACACGUUCUGUCAAAUCGGCCUCAGGACCGUGGGGAAAAUCGGGGAGUCUUUUAUCAGAACCGGCAACUGACAGCGGGGAGGGGAGCCUAAACCACGCGGGACAAGCAGACGAUAUUCUCGUGUCGCUGCGGACGUGUGUGUGACGCCGCUUCGCUAUAGCUCACAGUGCCCUUUGAUUGUAAUCUGUUUUUAAGAGGUUUUCCGACGCUCCAGCCCCGCCAGGAAGAAAAUGCCAGCUAAGCGCAUACCCACCAGUGAGACGCAGGAGGCUCUCACUGCAGCAGAAUUGGAGCCCAUGAGCCCCACAGAAGAGAAGAAAGAGGAGGACAAUGGCAAAACAGAGCUCAAGAAAGAGCUCGGCUUGGUCGAAGGAAUAGCGAUCAUCUUGGGUAUUAUCAUUGGCUCAGGUAUUUUUAUAUCACCAAAGGGUGUACUGAAAGAGACAGGGAGCGUGGGUAUGUCCCUGGUGGUGUGGGUACUUUGCGGAUUUCUGUCUAUGAUUGGUGCCCUUUGCUAUGCUGAGUUGGGCACUUCCAUACCAAAAUCAGGAGGCGAUUAUGCAUAUAUCAAUACAGCAUUUGGAUCAUUACCUUCCUUUCUUUUCCUCUGGGUUGCAAAUCUUAUAUUUGUGCCAACAACUAAUGCCAUAAUGGGACUCACGUUUGCUAAAUAUGUGAUUCAGCCGUUCUUUCCCGAAUGUGAAAUACCUAAUUCUGCAGUUAGACUCCUUGCAGCUCUUGCAAUUUGUUUCUUAACAUUCAUCAACUGCUGGAAUGUGCGUUUCACUACCAAACUACAGAAUUGCUUCAUGGUAACAAAAGUUGGUGCCCUCUGCAUUGUCAUUUUAGCUGGUCUUGUGACUAUUUGCAUGGGUAACACGCAAAACUUUGAAAAUUCAUUUGAAGGGACCAAGACAGACCCAGGAAGUAUUGCUGUGUCUUUCUACUCUGGUAUAUUUUCUUAUGCUGGAUGGAACUACCUUAAUUUCAUGACAGAGGAACUACAGAAUCCAUUUGUGAAUUUACCUCGUGCUAUCUACAUUUCACUGCCACUGGUGACAUUAGUGUAUGUAUUGGCAAAUGUAGGUUAUCUGGCUGUUCUAACACCUACUGAAAUGCUGGCAUCAGAUGCUAUUGCAGUGACUAUGGCCGACAAGCUCUUCUCUUACUGCAGUUGGAUCAUGCCAAUUCUCGUUGCAAUCUCAGCAUUCGGUGGUCUCUCUGUGCAUAUUAUGACAUCAUCAAGGUUAUGUUUUGUGGGUGCUCGGCAAGGACACUUCCCUGACUGCUUAGCGCUUAUCAAUUAUAAGUGUAACACACCAACCCCUUCACUCUUCUUCCUUGGCUGCUUUUCACUCUUGUACCUGUGCACGACCGAUAUCUACAGCCUCAUCGAAUAUUCAAGUUUUGUGGAGUCUUUAUUCAUCCUCAUCAGCAUAGCAGGACUCUUGUUCAUGAGGUGGCAAAGACCAAACAUGAUAAGGCCUAUUAAAGUGAAUCUCUUGAUCCCAUGUGCAUUCUUUUUCAUCUGCGGCUUCUUAGUCUUCCUUCCACUUUAUGUAAGGCCCUUAGAGGUUGGCAUGGGAAUAUUGAUCACUGUCAGUGGCAUACCCGCGUAUUUCUUGUUUGUCUACCCACAAAAUAAGCCUGCGCUCAUUAGGAAAGUUCUAGAUAAACUGACGGUUAGUACUCAGCAGUUGUUCUUGUCUGUACAAGGAGAUGAAUGAAAAGUGUCAUUUUUCAGCUUAGGAACUUUCAGCAUUAUUUUCAUCAUCCAUUUCUUCGUUGAAAUUACUUCAUUAUAUACAUAAUCAUAUUAAGAUUUUUUUAAGGAAUUAAAAGGAAAAAGGAAAAAUUACGUGUGAUAUGUCAUUCAUAAAUGGUGUCCAUAGGGCAAGGAAAGGUUCUACAGUUUUCAUACAUUUUCUGAGAGUUUCUCUCCUCAAAAUAUAGAUAACCUCUCUUAUAAAUGAUGUGCAAAGAGCUUGGUUCACGAGAUUGAUGCAGACAGUUAUUUGUAGGAUUUGUAUGAUAUUGCCAUUUUUUAAAAUACAUGAUGUGGUGAAUUUUCCAUAUCUGAUAAGCUAGCUUCACACUCAGUGUUGCUGUGCCAAAAGACAGUUUGGAGAUACCUUAAACUCUGAGCAGCUUCCAUUAUGCAAUACUUGACUGGUAUUGUUCACUGUGUAAAGACAUAUGGUGAGAGAUAUGUGGUGUAUAAUUCCAUACAAGAUUAUCCUAUGUCAUACGUUAAAAACAAAAAAGGUAAAUCGAGGAAAACGAAUACCUGGAAAAUGCUCUCUAUCGUUAUCAUCUAAGAGACCCAUGAGAUCUUCUUUUAUAUAGAUACUGUAUUUCUCACAUCAGUGUACUUCAAGUGAUUUUAUUUGAUGUCCAUUGGAACUAUAGUCAAUUUGUAAGUAUUUUUCCUAAAUGAAUCAGUAAGUUCUUUGUGUACACAUUGUUCAAUAUAAUCUAUAAUCCCAUUUUGUCAUUCCUACAUAGUACAACACUGAACAAAGAAGGGAAUCACACCUCAGAGACACAAAGUAGGACAAAAUACCAUAUUAGAUGAAACAAAAAGAACUAUACUUACAUCAAUGAAAUCACUUGAAGGACAGUGACACAAGAAAUACAAAAUCUAAUAAAGGAAGAACUCAUAGGUCUCUUAUAUGAUAAUUAUAUAUGAAUGAAUAUAUCCAUGGUGAUGAAAAUAAGAAUGAACUGAAUUGAUAAAAAAAAAAAUGUCAGGACUAGUGAUAAAUAUUGAGGCAGAAUGUUGUAAUUAGUACAAGAUGCAAAAAAGAUAGUUUUUCAAUUUGUGAAUCUCACGAAAAAUACAUGAAAAUAUCGAAUUGUUUUUUGACAGUUAUGUCACAUUGAUCUUCAGUGGAUAUGUAUAAUCAUUUAAGUAAACUGUCUUUAAGUAUUUGUGUAACAAAAAAAAUUGCUUUCAUGUAUGAUUUAAAUACAUGUAGAGCAAAAUAUAAUAUAAUAUAACACAUGUACUAUUCUGCAGCCAGGUGAAAUUAGCCUGAAAUCCAAAGAGUCCCCAUCAAAAACCAUUAUUAAAAGAAAUGAGCUCUUUGCUUAUCUUUAGUAUGGGAGGGUAUCCAUUCUUUGAGGAGAGAAGAUCUCAGAAAAUAUAGCAAAACUGUAGGAUAUGUGACGAAUUAGCUGUGAUUGUGGUAGUUUUAGUACCAAUAUUGAAAAGGCCGGACCAGAAUGGUUGUUUAGGAAAGAGAGAGGAAAUGGUAUUUUUCCAAUUUGUAUAAUAUGGCGUGAAUGGAAAUAUGUGUUAAGAGUUUUGAAUUAUAUGUUUUAAGCAAUUUCUGAAAUAUUGUACGGUUUCCUGUCCGAAAAUAAAAGUAAUUGACAUUUAAUGUUUGUGUUAUCAUGUUCAUAUUCUGAAAUUGCAAUAUAUGAAUUAGUAAAUUUUUAUUGCAGUUCACCAAGGUAAUGGAAAUAAAGUUUUCAUAAUGAA